CUAUCUCAGAGAAGUUUGUAUGGAUAUACCUGGAGAAAAUAUACAAGUCCAACCCCUGAAGGAUGCGGAAUACGUUGAUUCCCACGACUUAAAUGAAGAAUUUGGCGACGAGACAAAUGAUUACCGCACGGUAAGUACGGGUGGAUACAGAUCAAGGGGUCGAUAACUAAUUGACAAUUUGAGUAAAGGCUGUUGAACCCUCCAAGGGUGGCGGAAAUAAAUGUUCCCCAAGUGCUCGCAUGUGUUCUUUAACCUGGGUCUCAGACGAGGUAAAAGAGAGAGAUGCUUUUCGACGAUUGCGACUGUAUUACUUGCCUCCCUCUAGAGGUCAUCCAGCGAAGAUGUAUCCGCCAUAUCUUCCCACAAAUAUGGGUGAAUGGGUCGUACAUCGCGUGACUAUACUUGAAGCCAAAGCCGUCCGCAUGAAAAAGCAAAUAGCAGCGAGGCUGUCUCAGAGAGAAUCUCUUUGCAAGGAAAAGGUUCAGCCCGUUCUUCAAGGAAAGAAGCUGGGCGAUUUUCGAUCAACUGUUCUAGCACAAUUCACAAUCUGGCGGCCCGACGAAAUAGAAAACCCGUCCAGAGCCCAGGCACCAUGGCCAGAUUCAACUGAAUGUAGCCAUGAGGGUGGUGAGCGGGCGAAAUCUGGUUUCGGUGCAUUUCCUCCACUUCCUAGAGUACCAGGAAACCCGACUGUGAAUUGGAAGCAGAGAAAUACAAUAACCCCAUAUGACUUUGACAAAGUUGGUCAGCCUAUGUUUGUAAAUGAUACGCCAUUGGACGUGGACGAGCAUAUGGAAAAAUUGAUCGGCAAUUCUCUUUGUGCUGAGCUGAAUGCAUACGGAGCCUUCUAACUAAGCAUUCUCCGCUUUUUAGGCGGUCGAAUCUGAGACUACAGAUAGUGAUUGGAUUUUGUGGUGAAAGUGAACAUUAUAAUUUUUCUCCAUUAGGGAUGUCGGAUAGGGUUUGAGUUGGUUGGA